AUGAACGAGAUGAGCCAACUGAACCUUACAUACAUACAUACAAACAACUUAAUACAUCAUAAUCGUAUAUAUGAUUUGGAGCAGAUUAGAUUAGACAUGGACUUAGAAAAUAAAUUGGGGCGGUUGAAGCUACUAGAUCAUUCGGAGCACGAGAAUAGUCGUAUUUUAGACAAAUUUGCGAAUCAAAUUAAGACAGAUGAGCUAUCAGUGACAAGAGGGAAGACUAGCAAGGACAAAGCUAAUCGAGCGACGGUGGAGAAUGUACUGGAUCCACGUACAAUGAGGUUUUUGCGUUCUUUAAUCCAUCGUGGUAUUAUAACGGAGUUCAAUGGCUGCUUAAGUACUGGAAAAGAAGCUAAUGUGUACCAUGCAUUUGGUAAUGCAGUCGAUAUAGUGGAAAAACAACAUAAGGUCAUACGGCAAUCUUCUAUUUGUAGUGAUUCAGAAGGUGACACUAAAAAAGUAGAAUACGCAAUUAAGAUUUACAAGACCUCCAUAUUGGUUUUCAAAGACCGUGAAAGGUAUGUUGAUGGCGAAUUUCGAUUCAGGAACUCGAGGUCACAACACAACCCUCGAAAGAUGAUAAAGAUUUGGGCUGAAAAAGAGUUUAGAAACCUGAAAAGAAUUUACCAUACAGGUGUUAUUAGUUGCCCGAAGCCUAUAGAAAUAAAAUCAAAUGUUUUGGUAAUGGAAUUUUUGAACAGAGGUGAUGGUUUUGCUUCCCCAAAGCUAAAAGAUUAUCCAUAUAGUGAUCGCCAAGAGAUCUACUACUUCUACCAUGUUAUGGUAGCUUAUAUUAGGUUACUGUAUCAAGUUUGUCAAUUGGUUCAUGCUGAUUUAAGUGAAUAUAAUUCUAUUGUACACGAAUCCAAAUUAUACAUUAUUGAUGUUUCCCAAUCUGUUCAGCCUGAACAUCCAAUGUCUCUGGACUUUUUGAGAAUGGACAUUAAAAAUAUCAAUGCAUAUUUCGUAAAGAUAGGGAUUAAUGUAUUCUCUGAGCGUGCUAUCUUUCAGUUUGUCAUUUCAGAAAAAUUAGAAAAGUUCAAGGGUGAUUAUCGUUCAUAUGAUCAUUUGCAAAAGUACGCAUCAGAAUAUUUGCCUUUGAAGUUAACUGAAGAAGAUGAAGUAGAAGAUGAAAUUUUUAGAUCGCUACAUUUGGUUAGGAAUUUGGGGGGCUUAGAAGAAGGCGAUUUUGAUAGAUUUACUAAUGGAAAAUUUGAUCUUCUAAAAUCAUUAGUUUCCCAGGACAACCAAAAGGUUGCAAAAACGUUUACUGCCUCUGAGCAGUUUGAAUUAUCAGACUCAGGUACUGAUUCCGUAGAUCAUGGCGACUCUGAUGAAGAUCUGUCAUCUGAUGAGAGUAACUCCGAAACUGAAAAUGACAGCGAUGAUAGUCAAAGUUCAGAUGAAGAGCCAGACGAAGACACUAGGGAACACAGAAUCAAAGAGCCAAAGGGUAAAAAAUACGAAGAUAAAGAUACGAGGAAACUUCGGAAACAGGAUGUUAAAGAAUCCAAACGUGAAAAGAGAAAGACCAAAGUCAAAAAGCAUAUAAAAAAAAAUUGGUCAAAAAGACGAAAUCUAAAAAAUAAUAUCAUAAGCUCAUCUGCCAAAUAA